AUGAGCUCCGCCCGGGCCUUGCGGGGCAGCUGCCAUUGUGGUCGGAACCAGUACAUCAUUCGAGUGCCUGCCGAUGCAAGUCGUGAUGCCCAGGUUCUCUUCAAUACAGACGCGACCCAGAGAGUUUCCUCAGCUUCGCCCCUCUCGGCUUUCCUCCGCGUGCCAUUGACCUGGUAUCACAGCCAGACUUUCCCGUUCUUCGCAGACGAGACCACCUCGGCCAUCCGGCGAGUCUACUCCCAUCCAGCCGAGCAACACACGCUGAGACACUUCUGUGGGUUCUGCGGCACACCGAUAUCGUUCUUCACUGAGCAGCCGAGGAGCGAGGCUGAGUACAUCCGCCUGACUCUCGGCAGUUUAUUGACGGAGGACUUGCACGACCUGGAGGAGAUGGGUCUCCUCCCCAGUGACGACGAGGACGAUGCCAUGGACAUAGUCCCAACCGCUCCGGCCGCCAGUACAAGCACACAGCUUAUUGGGCGCAAUUUCACACACAUUCCAUGGUUUGAUAGUCUACUCGACGGUAGUCGCCUGGGUACUGCUCACACCACAAGAGGCAUUCGAGAAAGUCGAGACGGCAGGGUUCGUGUGGAAUGGGAAGUCACCGAAUGGACCGGCAAUGACAACGACGACGACGUCGACGCGGAAACAGAAGCCUCUGAAUCCUCAGCAACCGGCAAGCGGAAGCGCGGAGAGACGGACCAGGGCCAUGAUGCUACUAAGACCAGUGCACGUUGA